AUGUCAUACGACUACAACUACGACUACCAGCAACCGGGCCAGCAGGGCGGUGACGGCCAGCACAACGGCCAGAACCAGCAGCACCCCGGUCAGCAGGAAUAUUAUGACGACUACUACGACGACGGAUACGGCAACCAGUACGGUGCCCAGGAGGGCUACCAGGAGGGUGUGGACCAGCACGGCAACCCCUACCAGCACGACCCCCACGCCGGUGUCGCCGCCGCUACCUCUGGCGGCUACCGAAACGUGAAGGACGACGGCUCUGAGACCUUCUCUGACUUCACCGAACAGAAUGGCCAGGGUUACAACCAGUACAACCAGGGUUACAACCAGGGCCAGUACAACCAGGGCUACCAGGGCCAGUACAACCAGGGCUACGGUGGCUACGACCAGUAUGGCCAGUACAACGACGCUUCCCAGAUUUCCUUCCGGUCGUCUGGCGCUUCCACCCCCAUCUACGGCCUCGACUACGCUGCUUCCCAGCAGGGCAUUGGCGCCGGCUCCGGACACUCCCGAGAGCCCUACCCUGCCUGGUCUGCCGACAACCAGGUCCCUGUGACCAAGGAGGAGAUUGAGGAUGUCUUCAUCGACCUCACCAACAAAUUUGGUUUCCAGCGAGACUCCAUGCGAAACAUGUACGACUUCCUCAUGGUUCUGCUCGACUCUCGAUCGUCUCGAAUGACCCCCAACCAGGCUCUGCUCUCUCUGCACGCCGACUACAUUGGAGGUGACAACGCCAACUACCGAAAGUGGUACUUUGCUGCUCAGUUGGAUCUCGACGACGACAUUGGAUUCCGAAACAUGAAGCUCGGAAAGACCAACAAGCGAACCCGAAAGGCUCGAAAGAAGUUCCGAAAGGAGAUGCAGGACCCUGACGCUGAUCCUGCCAAGACUCUGGAGGAGAUUGAGGGUGACAACUCCCUCGAGGCUGCCGAGUACCGAUGGAAGACCAAGAUGAACGCUCUGUCUCCUCUGGAGCGAGUGCGACACAUUGCUCUUUGGCUGCUCUGUUGGGGUGAGGCCAACCAGGUUCGAUUCACCCCCGAGUGCCUCUGUUUCAUCUUCAAGUGUGCCGACGACUACUACACCUCCGCCGAGUGCCAGCAGCGAGUUGAGCCCGUUGAGGAGGGUGACUACCUUAACCGAAUUAUCACCCCUCUCUACCGGUUCAUCCGAGGCCAGGGUUACGAGAUUUUCGACGGUAAGUUUGUCAAGCGAGAGCGAGACCACAACAAGGUCAUUGGUUACGAUGAUGUCAACCAGCUCUUCUGGUACCCCGAAGGUAUUGAGCGAAUCACCUUCGAGGACGAGUCUCGACUCGUUGACGUGCCUCAGUCCGAGCGAUACAUGAAACUCGGUGACGUUAUCUGGGACAAGGUCUUCUUCAAGACAUACAAGGAGACCCGAUCCUGGUUCCACGUGUUCGUCAACUUCAACCGAAUCUGGAUUAUCCACGUCACCUUCUACUGGUACUACGCCUCCUUCAACUCUCCCACUCUCUACAUGAAGAACUACGUCCCCACUCUUGACAACCAUCCUCCUCCUGCCUGUAAGUGGGGAGCUGGUGCCAUUGGUGGUGUGAUUGCCACCGGUCUGCAGAUUAUCGCUACUCUUUCCGAGUGGGCCUUUGUGCCUCGAAAGUGGGCCGGUGCUCAGCAUCUUACUCGACGUCUCAUGUUUUUGAUUGGUAUCCUCAUUGUCAACCUGGUUGCUCCGGUUUACGUCCUUGGUGUGGUUGGUACCACCCAUGAGUCGACCUCUGCUCUGGCUGUUGGUAUUGUUGGAUUCAUCAUCUCGAUCUUCACCUUUAUCUUCUUCUCCAUCAUGCCUCUGGGUGGCCUAUUCACCUCGUACAUGAAGAAGAGCACUCGUCGAUAUGUUGCAUCUCAGACCUUCACCAACUCGUACCCUCGACUCGAGUUCCACGACAAGAUUAUGUCUUAUCUUCUGUGGGUCUGUGUCUUUGGUGCCAAGCUCUCCGAGUCCUACUACUUCCUGAUUCUGUCUCUGCGAGAUCCCAUUCGAGAUCUUUCUCAGAUGAAGAUGCGAUGUUUCGGAGAGAAGUGGUUUGGUGUAGAGUACCAUGACGCUCUCUGUAAGGUGCAGCCUCAGAUUACUCUCGGCCUCAUGUACGCUACCGAUCUGAUUCUUUUCUUCCUCGAUACCUACCUCUGGUACAUUAUCUGCAACACCAUUUUCUCGGUCGCUCGAUCCUUCUAUCUGGGUAUUUCCAUUUGGACUCCUUGGAGAAACAUUUUCUCCCGACUGCCCAAGCGAAUUUACUCUAAGAUUCUUGCCACCACUGAUAUGGAGAUUAAGUACAAGCCUAAGGUGUUGAUUUCUCAGAUCUGGAACGCCAUUGUCAUUUCCAUGUACCGAGAGCAUCUGCUGGCUAUUGAGCACGUGCAGAAGCUUCUCUACCACCAGGUUCCCUCUGAGGUUGAGGGUAAGCGAACUCUUCGAGCUCCUACCUUCUUCAUCACCCAGGACGAUCAUGCCUUUGAGACCGAGUUCUUCCCCCGAAACUCUGAGGCUGAGCGACGAAUCUCCUUCUUCGCCCAGUCCCUGUCUACUCCCAUCCCCGAGCCACUCCCCGUUGACAACAUGCCUACUUUCUCUGUUCUUGUGCCCCACUACUCUGAAAAGAUUCUCCUGUCUCUGCGUGAGAUUAUCCGAGAAGACGAUCAGUUCUCUCGAGUCACUCUUCUUGAGUACUUGAAGCAGCUGCAUCCCGUCGAGUGGGACUGUUUCGUUAAGGACACCAAGAUUCUGGCUGAGGAGACUGCCGGCUUUGGCGAGGGUUCUAAUGACGACCUGGCUGAGAAGGACUCUGACGAGGUGAAGGCCAAGAUUGAUGAUCUGCCCUUCUACUGUAUUGGUUUCAAGUCUGCUGCUCCCGAGUACACUCUUCGAACUCGAAUCUGGGCUUCUCUCCGAUCCCAGACUCUGUACCGAACUGUGUCCGGUUUCAUGAACUACUCUCGAGCCAUCAAGCUGCUGUACCGAGUCGAGAAUCCCGAGGUCGUGCAGAUGUUUGGCGGUAACACCGAGAAGCUGGAGCGAGAGCUCGAGCGAAUGGCCCGACGAAAGUUCAAGUUCAUUGUGUCCAUGCAGCGACUUACCAAGUUCAAGCCUGAUGAGAUGGAGAACACCGAGUUCCUCCUGCGUGCCUACCCCGAUCUGCAGAUUGCCUACCUUGACGAGGAGCCUCCUCUCAACGAGGGCGAGGAGCCUCGACUUUUCUCUGCUCUGAUUGAUGGUCACUGUGAGAUUCUCGAGAACGGCCGACGACGACCUAAGUUCCGAAUUCAGCUUUCCGGUAACCCCAUUCUUGGUGAUGGUAAGUCUGAUAACCAGAACCACGCUCUGAUUUUCCACCGAGGUGAGUACAUCCAGCUGAUCGAUGCUAACCAGGAUAACUACCUGGAGGAGUGUCUUAAGAUCCGAUCCGUGCUUGCUGAGUUCGAGGAGCUCAACGUCGAGAACGUCAACAUGUCGCCCUACACUCCUGGUGUCAACAACAAGACCCCCUGUCCCGUUGCCAUUCUUGGUGCCCGAGAGUACAUUUUCUCUGAGAACAUUGGUAUUCUUGGUGAUAUUGCCGCCGGUAAGGAACAGACGUUCGGUACCCUGUUUGCCCGAACUCUUGCUCAGAUUGGUGGUAAGCUCCAUUACGGUCAUCCUGAUUUCCUAAACUCGAUUUUCAUGUGUACACGAGGUGGUGUUUCCAAGGCUCAGAAGGGUCUGCAUCUUAACGAGGAUAUUUACGCAGGUAUGAAUGCUCUGUUGCGAGGUGGUCGAAUCAAGCACUGUGAGUACUACCAGUGUGGUAAGGGUCGAGAUCUUGGUUUUGGAUCCAUUCUGAACUUCACAACCAAGAUUGGUACUGGUAUGGGUGAGCAGAUGCUUUCUCGAGAGUACUACUACCUUGGUACUCAGCUGCCUCUUGAUCGAUUCCUGUCUUUCUUCUACGCCCAUCCUGGAUUCCAUAUCAAUAACUUGCUCAUUAUCACCUCUGUGCAGAUGUUCAUGAUUGUUAUGAUGUCCAUUGGUCCUCUUGCUCACGAGACUAAGGAGACUAUCUGUUGGUACGACAAGGACAAGCCCAUCACUGAUCCUCAGACUCCUGUUGGUUGCUACAACCUCAAGCCCGUCCUGGAUUGGAUUCGACGAUGUGUUCUUUCUAUCUUCAUUGUUUUCUUCAUCUCUUUCGUCCCCCUUGUUGUUCAGGAGCUUACCGAGCGUGGUGUGUUCCGAGCUGCUUUCCGAUUUGCCCGACAUUUCAUGUCUCUUUCGCCUCUGUUCGAAGUGUUUGUUUGUCAGGUGUAUGCCAACUCUUUCAUCAACGAUUUGGCCUUUGGAGGUGCUCGAUAUAUUGCCACCGGUCGAGGUUUCGCCACUGCUCGCCUUCCCUUCAGUGUGCUCUACUCUCGUUUUGCAGGUGACUCCAUUUACCUUGGUGCUCGAUCUACGCUCAUGCUUCUGUUUGGUACCAUUGCCAUGUGGCAGGCUGCUCUUCUGUGGUUCUGGGUGACUCUGAUUGCCAUGUGCAUCUCACCCUUCGUCUUCAACCCUCAUCAGUUUGCCUGGACCGACUUCUUCAUUGACUACCGUGACUUCAUUCGAUGGCUGUCUCGAGGUAACGCCAAGUGGCACAAGAACUCUUGGAUUGGUUACGUUCGAUUGACCCGAACUCGAAUCACCGGUUACAAGAGGAAGGUGCUUGGCGAUGAGUCUGAGAAGGGUGCCGGAGAUCUGUCUCGAGCUGGAAUCUCCAACGUGUUCAUCACCGAGAUUUUCCUGCCCCUGAUUGUCGCUGCCUUCUGCUUCUGUGGUUUCACAUUCAUUAAUGCUCAGACUGGUGUUGCCGAGCCCGUGAUUGUCAACUCCAUUCUGCGAAUUGUCAUUUGCGCCAUUGGCCCCAUUGUCAUUAACGCCGGUCUUCUUCUGGUGCUUGUGUGUAUCUCUUGUUGUGCUGGUCCCAUGCUUGGUCUGUGUUGCAAGAAGACUGGUCCCGUCAUGGCUGGUAUUGCCCACGGUAUUGCCGUUAUCAUUCAUCUCAUCUUCUUCGAGCUCAUGUGGUUCUUUGAGGGAUGGUCUUUCGUCAAGGGUCUGUGUGGUACUGUUACUGCGAUUGCCAUCAUGCGACUUAUCUUCAACAUUCUGACCAUUCUCUGUCUUACCCGAGAAUUCAAGCAUGACCAUGCCAACCAGGCCUGGUGGACUGGUAAGUGGUACGGCGCUGGUCUUGGAUGGGCUUCUAUUUCCCAGCCCUUCCGAGAGUUUGUCUGUAAGCUCAUUGAGAUGUCACUGUUUGCUGGUGACUUCUACCUGGGCCACUGGCUGCUCUUCUUCCAGCUUCCUGUGCUCUGUGUGCCUUACAUCGACAAGUGGCACUCCAUGAUGCUCUUCUGGCUGCGACCCUCUCGACAGAUCCGACCUCCGAUUUUCUCUCUGAAGCAGAACCAGCUCAGAAAGCGAAUUGUUAAGAAGUAUGCUACCCUCUACUUCAUCAUUCUGAUCAUCUUCCUUGUCGUGCUGAUUGCUCCUGCUGUUGCUGGCCCCACUAUGAGCAUGGACUCUCUCGAGUCUCUGGCCGGUGGCAAGGCUGAUAACGACUCCAUUCAGGACACUAACAUUCUGAAGGGUCUUAUCCAGGUGCGAUCUCAGAACCAGAACGAUACUGGACGGUGCAGCACUGGUAACGGUACUGAGUGUCUCCUGCCUACUACUGGCUCUUGGUCUACCCAUGUGUGGUGGACUUUCACCCCCUCCCACACCACAUCCUACUCGACCAAGCCAUAG